AUUCGCUUUUGCUGUUCCCGCUACCGUUCCAUUGAAGAGGGAAAAAAAAAGUUUCGAAAACAGAAGGUGAAAGCUUUUACACAAAUCCUUAUUAAUGUCCGAAAUUUCAGUGUCUUAUUGCGGCUAAAAACACUUCAGCUUUAGUUUGAAACCCACCAACAAGCAAAAGUCUUCAUCUGUGUGUGUCUGUGUUGUUAGCUUUUACAAGCUCCAAUGGCUAUUACGGCAAUCUCUAACUCCAGCAUUGAAUCUGGGUUCUCCUCUGCUCAGCACAAGAACAUGAAGCUGGUUGCUGCCGGUGGGAAGAAGCCCAAGAGGUGCAAUUCUCGUGGUGUUCGGAUUGUGGGAAGUAGAAUCUACGAUUCUGAUAAUGGGAAAACUUGUCAUCAGUGCCGGCAAAAAACACGGGAUUUUUCUGCAUCGUGCAAGAAUUUGAAGAAUGGGAAGCCCUGUUCCAUUAACUUCUGUCACAAGUGCCUCCUGAAUAGGUAUGGAGAAGAUGCCGAAGAGGUAGAGCAGUUGGACGAUUGGACUUGUCCAAAGUGUAGAAACUUUUGCAACUGCAGUUUUUGCAGAAAGAAAAGAGGCGAAUUACCUACUGGUCCACUGUUUCAUACCGCUAAGGCAACUGGAUUUAAAUCCGUGUCAGAAAUGCUUGUUGCAAAGACUUCUAAUUAUAAAGAGAUGGGAUCCAUCAUGGAGCAUGAACAUGUUAAUAGUUCAAGUUUUGAUAAAGUUCUAGCUUGCAAAGUUGCUUCACCAAUGAAACCAAUUGCAUCAGAGAAGGAGCUUGUAGUAUUUCUCUCGGGGGAAAUAGAGAAGGAAAACUCUUCAGAAAGAAACAGUAGUUUAAAGCUUGACCCUGUAAAGACUCAGAAGAAUUCAACCAAAAUAUCUAAGAAAACAAAGCGUGAAGAAUUAAAGGAAAUAUCUAAUGCGAACAAUGGUGAUAGUGCUGGCAAAAAGAAGAGCCACAAAAGGCGUAAAAUUUGCAAAGAAGUUCCAAAUGAGGAAAAAGGAAAUGCAAGUGAUGGCACCGAAGCUUGUAGAAAAGUCUCUGAAAAGGAAACAAAGGUAGAUAGCAACCAUAAAUUUUGCCACAAUAAAAUAUUGUUAGGAACUGGUGUUGAAGGAAAAUCUUUGUCUGGGGUGAAAAUACCGGAAUAUAGGAAUCAUCACCUUAUUUCUGUGGAUCCUGCAAAUGAUUUCAUUAAUUCAGUGACUUCGGCUCCAAAGAAAAAUAUGCAACAUAUGCAUGCUGAAAAUUGGAAUAGUACUGUAACGAUAGAUAGUUGUGCUGGUGCCAAAGUCCAAGUGGGAAUAGCAAAGUUUGCAAGUGUUGGUAUGAACUUGGUGAUGGAUAAAACUGAAGAGGAAAUUCCUUUGCCUCCUGGAGCGGAGUUAACAAAAGUGUUGGACAUUGAGCUUCCACCUGAAAAUGUUGGGAAUGCAUUGCAGCUCUUAGAGUUUUGCAGAGUAUUUGGAAAGGCUCUUGAUCUCAAGAAAGGAGAAGCUGAGGCCAUGUUACGAGAAUUGGUACGCAAGCAAAAUUUGCGUCGAGGACAAAACACCAUGGUGGUUCAAUUUCAAAUUAGAAUGUUGACCCUGAUAUUUACUGAUUCAGAAAAUGAGUCUCCAACCUUGACUGCUACUUCAUGGUUGAAAGCUCUGAAAGAUUUAAUAGCUGAAUCUGAUCAUAUAAUAAAGGAUUUUCCUUUGGAUUGGCUUGAAGAAGGCACAAGUGGAUAUCACAAUUUGGAUUUGUCUAGCAAGCUCGCUUUGCUAAAUUUUCUUUGUGAUAAAGCUUUAGGCACUAACAAAUUGAGGAGUUGUAUUGAAGAUCAAAAUUCAAGACAUGCAGAAGAUGUGAAAGAAGCAAAAAUCAAGGUUGCUGAAGCUAUGGACAAGGAGAAGGGUCUUAGGAAGAAGUUGCAGGAUGAGACGGUUAAAGGUAUUAUGUUAAAGGUGACUCCACUUCGAAUGGAGAAGCAUAAUUCUCUACUUGCAAAGCUAAAAAGUGAAGUGGUUCAAGCUCAUGAUGAGGUGCUGAAGUUAAAGGGUGCCAUUCCAAAAGAGAAACGUGGUUCUGAUGCGAUGAGAAUAAAGCCUGAGUUUUUGGACAAUGAUGGAAAGGUCUUUUGGAAGUUCAAAAGUUAUAAUGAUGAACGUAUUGUUCUUUUGCAAGAUGUGAAAAUACAAGAUGAAACUGCUUCUUCACCUGAAGAAAAUUGGUUUAUUUAUGGUCCUGAGAAGAAGGAAGAGGUUGAUAAGUAUAUUUGCUCAAGGGCUAAGAGACUUAAACGCCACAAGGUUUCUCACGUGCUUUUAACUGAAGCAAGUUUGUAGGAUGUUUAUGGUAUUGGGGGACAUCUUUCUAUGCUUGACCGUUUUAGAAUGAGAGUUGAGUAGGUUCCACUGAUUUUUGUGUUCUUUGUACAAAAGGGAACUUCAUUGUGAUCUACAAUCACAUGUAGUAAGAUUAUGAAGUUGGUGAUUAUGUUAAAACUUAAAAGAAUAUGGAUUUGUUGUUCUGUCUUGUUUAAGUGGAACAUAAAGCUAGAAGUUUAUUUUUGAUAGAAACAUUAGAGACAUAGGUUUUGAUGUAAUUACUAUUCUUAGUGAUCUUAUUCUUCAUUUAACUAGUUUGAUAGGGAUUCAAACAUCAUUUGCAAUGUAACGCAUUCUAAAUAUUCUUAAGUAAUUACUUCUUUUACCUUAA